CUGUUGUUUUAGCAGUAACUGUAUCCUUUGUAAAGAUGGUAACCUUGCUGCAAAUUCAGUCUGUAACAGUUCAAACACACCUGGAGAACCCAACAAAGUACCACUUGCAACAAUCACAAAGACAGCAAGUAAAACAGUACUUGACACUUGGAACCAAAUUUUCAACACAGUCUCUUUCAUACUCACACACCGCCCUGCCUGAAGAAGUAACACCACCACUAAGAAAUGGACAUGUGUCUCCUUCGGAACAAAGUUGUGCAGGAAAUAACACUGUGACAAAAUUAUUACAUUUGGGAACCGGACACAAAAAUGAGGUACUUCCACAACUACAAUCUAAUAUGGGGGAGGCACCAUCAUCAUCAUCAUUACUCCACGGAGUUUGUAUUCAGAUGGAAGAAGUUAUUGAUGACAUAAUUAGUCUGGAAUCAAGUUUCAAUGAUGAUGGGCUGAGCUGCAUAGAACCUUCAAUGCUACUGCCAAAUAAUCUUUCACUGUCAAGUAGCAUUCUGGAUGUUUACAAUACUGAACAAAGCAUUUCCGGGUCAAGCAUGGGACUUUCUAAUACAUCUUGCACAACUGGUGUUGGCGUAAAGAGGGAAGUACCAGAUACGAGAACAAUGGCCAAAGAGAGGCAGAAGAAGGACAAUCAUAACCUUAUUGAACGGCGGAGACGAUAUAAUAUUAACUACAGGAUCAAAGAACUUGGAACAAUGAUCCCAAAGUCAAAUGAUCCUGAUAUGCGUUGGAACAAAGGAACUAUUUUAAAAGCUUCAGUAGAAUACAUCAAGUGGCUACAAAGAGAACAACAAAGAGGUAGAGAAUUAGAACACAGACAAAAAAAAUUAGAACAAGCCAAUAGAAGAUUGCUGCUUCGUAUUCAGGAACUUGAAAUACAAGCCCGAGCUCAUGGUCUGCCCAUUCCGGCAAUGUGCACAGUAGAACUAUCUUCCCAGGUUAUCAAGCAGCAAACAUACGGAGAGAAUAUUUCAGAGGAUUUUGCUCACCAGCUUCCCCUGUCUAUUGGAAAAACGACUGAUUUGUGUGAUGGAUCAACUGGAUUUUCCGAUCCCCUCUCACAUUUUACAGAUUUAUCAUUCAGUGCUGCUUUAAAGGAACAGAUGUUAGAGGAAAUGUCUCCAUAUGGAACAGACCCCUUUCUGUCUACAACAUCACCAGACCUUUCCAAAGGAAGCAGCAGGAGGAGCAGCUUCACUUCUGAUGAUGGGGAUGAUCUUUGAAUAGAAAUGUCAUCUUCUCACAAACAACAACCAGAAACUACUGUAUGAAAGAAUAAGCACUGAAUGAACAGCUUCAUUUUCUAAAACAUGUAUUUCAAAGUGAUAAGUUUGGAGGAAUAUAUUAUUCGCCCAUUCAAUUACAUGGAACCUAAGUGAUUUUCCACUGUUACAGCUCUAAUUAGUAAAUACUGGUCACAAUGUUGACCUCGAGGCUAAAAUCAUCUGGUGGCUGGGAAAAAAAGAUCUUAAUUCAUAAUUAAGUUUGAAUGUCCCACUCAUAAUUAAGUUGCUAUUUUACUACUAUGGCAAAUGGAUCAUCCUGUUAACAUUUAAAUUAAUUAUCUGUGAACGGCCAUUAAAGCAGAAGAUAUUUACUGUGAGAAAAUGUACCUUUCCUACAUACAACACUAUUGGGAAAGACUGAUUUCCAUUUUUCUCAUUUCAUUUCCAGCAAUACUCUUUCUGCUGUACUAUACUCUACAGCAGGGGCAGCCAACCCUGGUCCUCGAGAGCCACCAACAGUUAACAUUUUGCAGGUCUCACAGAAUCAUAAGUGAAGUAAUUAGCACCACCUGUGAAUCUUUUCAAAUGUGUCAGUGAGUAAUGAAUACACCUGUGCACAGUGUCGGACUGGGAUAUGAAGGGCCCACCGGGGGAAUGCAGUUAUAUGGGCCCUUACUUAGGGGUGUGGCCAGCCUACAAAGGGUGUGUGGCCAGCCUCCACAGAGGCUUGAAGUACACAAUAGUUUAGUGCAGUGUAAUACAAUAUAUCUACCAUGUAUAAUACAAGUGCACAGUCUGGAACCUGAUCCCUAGAGGAAGGAGUUGUGCCUCAGACAGUGGGGCCUACCGGUGGUUUCCCUGGUACCCCUGUGGGCUAGUCCGACCCUGCCUGUGCACCUGCUAGGUGGCCUGGAAAACAUGAACUGUUGGUAGCUCUCGAGGACCAGGAUUGGCUACCCCUGCUCUACAGUCACAUCAUUUCUUUUAAACUACAGACCUGUCAUAUUUUGUCAUAUUUUUCAGUACACAUUGAGCAUCUGAACAUACGUUUAGAAGACACAGUACUGCCUCAUGUUGAGUAACUCUGUUUUUUUUAUCUAAGAGGCAUAAUUUGGCUGAUGCAGAGAUGAACACAAGUCAGCUUUACAGAUGAAUCUUGCAUGCUUUUGCACUGCACAUGCACCAUAGCUGAGUGCAUAUGUCUGCAAGAGAUUGCAUCUUCACUUGUAGCUGAAGGAGCGUAACUUUGUGGUAGGUAUGGCCAUCGGUGGGUUAGCCAUCGAUGGUCACCAUCAAUGGUACUAUUGAUGGUUAACCUUGAUGGUGUAAAACCACAUGUAAAAGAAACAUCAAUGGUUUUACCCACUGAUGGCCAGUCCUGCAUAACUGUACAAUGAAAUGCAGGGCAAUCAGGGCCCAGAGGCGUGGCUUCAUGGGCAUCAGAGCCAGGACUAAACUCUGUGCACUGACACUUUGAGAGAAAAAAAAUCGCUAGCACUGAACCAUCAAUGGCAGGAAACCAUACUCAACAUCGACUUCAAAUCAUCAAUGGUCAAUGGCCAUCACUACUUUGUGGUGGCAGGUUGUUUGCAAGUAGGCAUGGAUCAACCCUAUCUGUGUUCUUCGUUUCAUUGAUGGCAUCAUCAUUGUGCACUUGCAAAUGUGUACACUUGGUUACAAGGCAAACACAGGGCAGAUGUAAUACCGUCCGAGUUUGUCAAACGUGUGGGAUGCUGGCUGAACUUGGACAUUUUUUAUAAAGGGGCAAUCACUUACAAAGCAUGGUUUUGCCUUGUAAGUGCUUGCCCCUUUAAAAAACUCAGGCGGCAUUACAUCAUGCCCACGGAAUGAAAACAUGCAAGAUACAUACGCUUCUCUAAUAGAUGUACAAUGUCUUCUAUUCUGCAUCAGACCAAAUAUAUUUAUGUGGUAACAAUGGCAAAGCCAGACGUUAGAAAGUCAGCUCUAGUAAAUUCAUCUAGCUUAAUUAAAUUAAUAUCACAGUGCACAGAAAAAAUCUAUUGUUUCUUUUAAUGUGAAUGACAUUGAACCAAUAGCAUUCGGCCGCAUAGCAAUAUUUUACAGUAAUGCUCCAAACAACAGAUUUCAGCUAAAUUAUUUCCACUGAAUUAUCAGGUUGAAGCUAUAAAAAUACUGUACAUAAGUUUCAUGGAAGGAACAUUACUACAAUUGGGAAGCCAAAUAGUUAUUUGAUUUUUAAAUAAAAACUUAUUUUGUAAUAUUAUAAUUGUUUGCUAUAUGUAUGUUAUCGUAAGGGCUAUAUUGUUACACUUCUUUUCUGAAUGAUACUGUACAACAAAGACUACAUUUACAGUAUUACUGUUUUUCUCAUGGUCAGCUACUCUACAGUAGAAAAUAACAGAGCAAAGCGAGCUAAAGAUAGCAAUUCCUUAACCAAGGACAUUUUCAUACAAUAUAAAAUUGAAUUCUGGAUGUAAAAUACUUUGUCUUGUACUUUUGCUGUUGUUAUCUCACCAAUUCUUAUAAUAAACAUAAAAAACACUUUA